AUGAAAAGCUUCAUGAGUUGCGCCUUAGAGCUCACCACAGUGAUGCCGUUCAAGUGGUAUCUGAGCCGAUAUAUGUGCUUCUAUUGUGAACAAACGUUCGUCGAUAGCUUAAAACUGAAACAGCACACGAAACAAGCGCAUCGCGAGAUCAAAAUUAACAAAGUGAUGAAGAGAAUCGGCUCCAUAAAAAGGAUAAAGUGGGACAUCACGGAGAUUAAGUGCAAGAAAUGCGAGGAACAAAUGUCGAAUAUAGAAGAGUUUAUCAUUCACGCGCGAAAGCACAAUUUGUUUUUCGAUUCGGAUGUUGUUAUGGAGAAUCUGUACGUGUUCAGAUUGUCAGAUGAUGGGAUGUUUUGUGUGCACUGCGGGGAGGGUUUUAAAUUCUUCACGCCGUUACUACGCCACAUGAAUAAAUACCAUAACAAGUCCGAGAAGUUUAUCUGCGAUGUCUGUAAAGAAAGUUUCGUUUUGAAAGGUACACUGCGGAGUCACAUUGAGAACGUUCAUUCGGAUAUGCCCUACAAAUGUCGGUUGUGCCUAAACUGGUUCCCGACACGGCGAGCGUAUUCCAAGCACACCGAAACAUUCCACAGGACCGGCAAAUUCAGUUGCCCACACUGCACAGAGACUUUAAGUAGUAGAUAUUUGAGGAAUAUGCAUUUAGCCACGAAGCACGAUCUGAAAACUAAACAGUUUGGUUGUGAUGUGUGCGCGAAAGUGUUUUUCAGGAAGAGCUCUUUGAUUGGGCACAAGGCGAGGGCGCAUUUGAAGGAGAGAUCGGCUACAUGUCACGUUUGCGGGUUAAAAGCGUUUGAUGUACACGCUCUGAAGCUACAUAUGGCGGUGCACGACAAUGCGCGGCCUUUGUUUAGCUGCGUGCACUGCGGGAAAGUAUUCAAAUGGAAAAGGUGUCUGGCUCUGCACAAAAGACGGAAGCAUCAACAUGAGUGA